CUAUCUCACUCCAUCAACAACAGAGAGAAGGAGAAGGCAAUGGGUUCGACGGAGGAGCCAUGGAAUCGGUUGGAAGGGAAGGUGGUGAUGGUGACGGGAGCAUCGUCGGGGCUCGGCCGCGAGUUCUGCCUCGACCUCGCCAAGGCCGGCUGCGACGUCGUCGCUGCCGCUCGUAGGACCACCCACCUCCAGUCCCUCUGCGACGAGAUCGCCGCCAUGCGUGACCGGCCGGGGAGCGGCGGGAGCUGUGGCAGAGCGGUGGCCGUUCAGCUGGACGUUAGCGCGGAGGAAGGCUCCGUCGAGGAGGCCGUCGGGAAGGCGUGGGCCGUCUUCGGAAGGAUCGACGUCCUCCUCAACAACGCCGGCGUCAGAGGGACCAUCUGUUCGCCCAUAGCUUUGAGCGAGAAGGAAUGGAAUGAGACGAUAAAUACAGACUUGAGGGGAACGUGGCUGGUUUCCAAGUGCGUGUGCAAGUUCAUGAUGGAGGCAAAGCAGAAGGGUUCGGUCAUUAACAUUGGAUCUAUCGCGGGUCUCGAGCGUGGCCAAUUGCCAGGCUCACUGGCAUACAGCAUUGCCAAGGCUGGAGUAAACAUCAUGACAAAGGUGAUGGCAUUGGAGCUGGGCCCAUGUAACAUUAGGUGCAAUUCCAUCUCCCCGGGCAUCUUCAAGUCUAACAUCACUGCAGGCCUGAUGAAGAAAGACUGGCUUGACAUAGUGACCCGCAAAACCGUUCCUUUGGGAGAUCAAGGCAGCAGCAACUCGGAUCCGGCGUUAACAUCUCUUAUUCGGUAUCUGAUCCACGAUUCUUCUGAAUAUGUCAAUGGCAGUAUCUUUGUUGUUGAUGCUGGAGCUACCCUGCCGGGCAUCCCCAUCUGGUCUUCACUUUGAUGCAUCUUCAGCAGCAUAUGCAGGGAGAUCAUCAAGUUAUAGUUAUAAACUUGAAGGAAACAAGUUCACAAGAAGACUUGUAAUUUUUGUCGACGGGAAGUUCCCCAUGCAGUUAUAUAUUCGUGUCCUUCCUAUUAUGGAUUGUAUAGGGAACUAAGUUUCUACACAUGUACUGUAGUUUUUUAUGUGCACCUGCUUUUUGAGAA